AUGCAAUCAGAAGAAUCAGAUGAGAGAUUAGUCAUAACGAGAAAUUUUUUCUCAAACACGUCUUGGACUUUUACCUACUUACUUGUCCCACUUCCCCACCCUCCCACUUUUUUGAUGCUAUCGCGACGGCUUGGAUACUCUUCUUACAGACCAAAGACCGCGUUUCCUUUUUCUUUCAAGGCUUCUUCUGUUUCUUUUGCGAGUAAAAGUAGUCUAUCACAACAACGACAACGACAGUGUUAUUACACCCAUGGUAGUAGUAGUAAAAAUGCUGGCUUAAUUGAUCAUAGUGGUGGUUUAAAAAAUAGAGCGCGACUUCAAGCAUUUUUUGGAGAAACUCUUAAGAAUAAUUUUAAUGGCAAUUAUCGCGUUGUUUUUUACACGCAUCGUCGACGUUAUGUUACAAAAAAAGCUUCAACCUCGAAAAAAGAAGCUACCCCUACAAAAAAUUCUAAGAGUACCUUGAAAACCGAAGUUAAAUCUAGGAGAACAAAAGAAAAAAAAACUCCAGAGAAACUUGUUACUGAAAGUGUUGAGAGCAAAGCAGACGAUACAAAACACGAUCUGAAUAAAAGUGAUACUAAAUCAGAUGAUUCAACAAAUACCGUGGCUGAUGUCAAGGAAACUUCAAUUCCACCUUCUCCAGUAGGAAAGAGUACAUCAAAUGAGGUCGAAAAUAUCGCCGAAGAAAAGUCGGAUGCAACAAACGAAGGAGACGCGAAUUCGAAUCAUCAAAUUAAAAGUUCAGCUAAAGUUGAUUCAGUGUUAGAGAAUAACAACAUUGAUUCUAAUCCACAGAAUUAUUCUGCCAAGAAUAAUUCAAAUCACAAAGAAUUUAUUUGCGAAGCAAAUGGAAGCAAAUCCAGUACAAUGGAUCAUCCAACUACCAAAACAGAGAUAUCGAUCGAUGAUACCACAAAAGGAAGCCAAUUAAGCAUCGGUUCAACUCAGAAUUCCUCCAUUAAAAAUGAAUCAAAUAAUGAUAAUAUUGCAGGUGAGCAUGAACUUACAUCUAUUGAUGAUUCAUCGGAAAAUAAUGUAUCCUCGAAAGUAUUCCCAAGUGCUGAGACUAAACCAAGUGAAAUAAUCAAUAUCGAUACAAAAAAGAUAGAAUCAAAUCAGGACUCGGUAGGAAAUCGCAUAUACUUGAAUGAAAGCCAAUUAGCAGAAAUUAUGGGACAAUUUCGCCAAUUAAAUGAACAUUUUCGCCAAUUAAAUGAAAAUCUGGCUAGUUAUUUUUCUCUAUAUAUUGAUGUAAUUCACACACGUUCACAAGCCAUGUUAGACGUGACAAAAGUAGAGAUUUCAAAACGGAAUAAAUCAAUAGCAAGCUCAGCCUCAUCAACAUCUCGACAGGAAAUAAAUGAAGACCUUGACAUCUCUAAAUUCAAAGAGUUCUACGAAGAAAUCAAUGCAACGGAAGGAACACUAAAAAAAUCUGAAAUAAUGCUUGAUCAUCCGGAGUUUUUAGACAUUCUAACACGAAUAUUAAACAAUAAAACAGUAUUUUAUGUGAAAUCAGUUACUUUGAAAAAAUUUAUCGACAAAUUUGAACCCGAUGAACUUGACAUAAUGAUCAAAAAUGCACCAGAGUAUUUCACCAUAUAUAGUUUAUUUGAUGCUUUAUCUACCAAACAAAUAACAGGAAAUACCAGUCGUUUUGCUAUUGAGCGAUAUAUACGAGAAAAAUGUAAUUCACCUGAUUUAAGAGAAUUCUUUAGUAAAAUUUUAGAUAAAAAACUCAAUAUCAGCAUAGCUUCAAAAACCAUGAACAAAAUUUUUGGCAUCGACAUAAUUCCUUUGUUUUCUGUCGCAUUAGGUCAAGAACUACCAGAAUCUGAUUUUGGCAAACUGUUUCCAGAGUCACAAGAAUCAUCUACUGAAUGGUUUGUUUCACGAAAAUAUGAUGGUGUAAGAUGUAUCGCUCAAUAUGAUCCUCAUUCAAAGAAUGUAAGAAUGUCCUCAAGACUUGGAAAUCCUUUUACAACAUUAAAAGUUCUCGAAGAAAGAAUAAAAUCUUUGAUUAAUGAAAGGAAAGGCAUAAUUUCAAAAGAUCCAAUAUGGGAAAAUGGAUUAGUGUUGGAUGGGGAAAUAUGUGUUUUUGAUGAGGAAGGCAAAGAUCGCGAAAAAUUCCUUUCAGCAUUAGAAGUGAGGAAAGUUAAUGGUCAUCAGAUGAGAAAUUUUCAGUAUCUAGUGUUUGAUUGUUUAACCGAACAAGAGUUUAAAGAAAAGCGUGGCACAAGAAAUUAUCAAGAACGUUUGCUUUUCUUAAAAAAAUUGUUAUCUGAUGACAAGAAAGAAGAUUCAGACAUGAUAGACAUAAUAGAACAGAAUGUCGUGAAGAAACAAGAUUUAGAAAAAUGGUGGAAAAAUGCAAAAGCGAAAAAUUGGGAAGGAUUAAUGUUGCGUAAAAAUGCCGGAUAUCAAGGCAAGCGAAGUUCCGAUCUCCUAAAAAUCAAAGGAAGAAAAGAUGCAGAAUAUACUGUGCUAGAUGCUGAAAUAGGGCCAAUGAAGAUUGACGGCGUGGAGUAUAAAGAUAUUUUACGAAACGUUAUUAUUGAGCACCGUCACGGAGACAAAAUAAAUAAAGUGCAUGUCGGAAGUGGAUUAACAAAAGAAGAUCGCCUAAAAUAUAGGACUCCUGAAUCUAUUAUUGGUAAAGAGGUAACAGUGGAAUACACUGAUGAAUCCAAAACCCAAAAGAAAAAUGGUGAAGGAGAAUCCGAAACUGUGACUUCGUUGCGGUUUCCAAGGGUAAAAGCCAUUUAUGAGAAAAAACGGGAUGUUUAG